UCUACAACAGUUAUUCACGCCGUCAAACACUGUCCAAAAUCUCCAAAUAUAUCCAAAAUGUCAGGAUACUAUAAAAUUAGGUUAGAUCAGAUACUGUUAGGUUAGAUCAGGUUGACAGAUGAGCUCCAACCACAGGUUGUGGCACAGGCUUGAAAAUGAGAUACAAGAAUGAGUACAAUAGAUGCCUGAAAGACAACGCCUAUCCUUCGUCCAUAAAAUUGAAUCUGGUCCCAUACUGGCUCUUGGCUAUUCUGCGCGUCGCCCUAACACUGAUACCACAGAUCGGUUACAUUCAUCCUGACGAGUACUUUCAGUCCAUCGAAGUAAUAGCCGGUGAGUACUUCGAUAUCGACGUCUAUAAACCAUGGGAAUACAACGCUACCUUUCCAAUCAGGAGCAUACUGAUACCCUAUCUGACAAUUGGUAUCCCGUACUCAGUACUGAACAAAAUAUCUCCGUACUCAUAUUAUGUAUUCGGUACAACGCUGAAGAAUCCGUAUUUCCUCAUCAUAUUCCCUAGGCUUUUGAUAUGCGUCCUUUCAUUCCUAUCGGAUUACUGCUUGUACAAGAUCUGCUACAUCUAUGGACAGAAUUAUAGGACCCGGUUGAUCACCUAUGCUAGCUCCUACGUCAUAUUAAUUUAUGCCACUAGGACUUUCUCCAACACCGUUGAACUCAUCCUCACUUCUGCUCUGAUUUAUUUCGUUGCAAAGUGUAUGGCCACUUCCGACGAGAUUGUUUACGAGGAUGACUACCUAUCAGAAAAAUAUAAAAGAGCUGGAAACGUCGUCGACCGUGUCAAAUACUUCAAGCUACGCGCAUCUCUGCCAAGUCAUUCGUUGAACAAUUGUUUGAUCCUGGCAACGAUAACUGUUGUUGGUAUUUUCAACCGUCCAACAUUCGUCGCUUUUGCAUUUGCUCCGAUUUUCUUUUGGCUUCAGCGCGGACUUGGUUCGAAGAACAUCGGACUUGGUGACUUUCACAUAAGGAUAGUCACUUUUGUACUUUGCACUGUACCUACGGUUAUCCUUUUUAUAUUAACAGACAGUUUUUAUUUCGGUUAUUUGACUCUCAGUGAGAUACACAAUCUACAGAUAAGCAUGAACAAUUUCGUCGUUACUCCUCUAAACUUUUUGAAAUACAAUUCAGUUACUGAGAAUCUCGCAAAUCACGGUUUGCAUCCUCAAUUCCUUCAUCUACUGGUCAAUGUUCCUUUGCUCUAUAACGUGCUAGGUCUUGUUGGAUUAUUCGCAUUCGCCAACAUGAUUUACAGGUGUCUAAGAGGUCGCUGGUCAGAAUUGCCCCGUAUUCAAAGCAUCAUUGGUCUGAUGACAGCGUCUUUCAUCCUGCCAAUCCUGAUACUGUCUGUCUUUCCCCAUCAGGAACCGAGAUUCUUGAUACCAGUCACGUUGCCGUUGAUAUUUUUACAUUCGCAGAGAAUACGCCACGUCUCAACAGUCGAGAGUGUUUCUUCGUCAGCCAGCGACGAGUCAAAAUUUGCAUUCAGACGGAAUAAGAAUAGCGCAAACAAAAUGUUGGUUGUUUGGUACGUUGUGAACAUAGUUUUGACCUUGUUCUAUGGUUUUCUGCACCAGGGUGGCGUGUUACCUCUUGUGUCACACUUGGCCGCAGAGCUCAAGGCCAAGCCGCAUGCAACAAAUAUUCAUUUAUUCACUUCGCAUAUUUAUUCCAUACCCACAGCAUUGUUACAACUCCGCAAUACUCGGAAAACUUAUGUAACAAGGGAACAGCGAAAGUAUAAGCUUGCCAAGGAUUUUUACCUGUAUGAACAGGGCUCAGAAAAUGUCGAACAAAUAUACCAAAACAUCGCGCAUAAGAUGCAAGAGUGUGAAAAGAAAUUUCGAACCAAGAAACAGCCUUAUAGGCUGUACUAUGCUUUGCCUGCUACGUUUUUAGACGAAUUUACUAGCUUCGUAUUGACCAACGAAUCUCAAGCAUUCCUUUUUAAGACUAUUAAGACCUUUCGUCCUCAUAUUUCUAUCGAAAAGCUACCAGCGUUAGAUUUUUUUUACGAGUGUAAUGACUCGGAUAAUCUAGAGAUUUGUACAAAGAAAAUUGUAGACAAUUUUUUAGAAAACUUUUACAAACUCUUUCGUCAGUUAGGUUUAGUGCUAUUGAAAAUUGAAUCUUCUAUCCCUAGCGAUUUAAUCACGUAAAUCUGAACGAACGAUUCUCAGCGUUAAAGAUGUUCGCUUAAAUUUCAAUGUCCAAUCUAAAAAUUCCUCAAAAAUUUACAUUCCAAUGGAUCAAAUAAUUCACGUCAUCCAAGAAAAUCUUGCUUUCUCAUCGAAAAAAAUUCCCGGUUCCAGGGCUCACCCUCAAUUUAUAAUUUUUGUUUUCCUUGAAAUUUUUUGCAGGUGUAGUAAGACCGCAAAAACACAUAAAUUAAUUUUUUUUUCACUUUUCUGAACAAUUCCUUUCAAGUAACGACUGUAGGAAGUCGUGAGAAAACAUUCAAAUUGCAAGAUCUGGAAAAAUAUAGAAAAUACUACAUUCCAUCCCAAUCAUUUUGACACCAAACCAUGAUGGUCAACGAUGAUGGUCCUAGGUGUCGAGAUUCCAAUAUUUUUUUUUAUACCAUCAAAACGUGGAAAAAUAUAAUUUUUUUAUUUUAAUCAUUACAACUAAAUCUUAAAUGUUUUU